AUGGUUGUUUUAGGUGUAGGUCGCGGUAGCAGUCAGUCCGGGAGCGAGCGUGAGUCAGAUGAGGCUCCCCGGGGCGCGGAGUCGUCAGCGCCGGUCGCCAUCCCUGACAGUGAGGACCUACAGCGACGCAAGGAAGAGGCCCGCAGGAAACGACGCAGGAAGAAGCGUUCCGGGAGCUCGGUCGUCACCUCGUGCUUCCAAGACCUAUACAAGCUAACAGGGGAAGUAUUAGGCGAGGGCGCGUACGCGUCUGUACAGACGUGCGUGAACAUCUACACGGGCCAGGAGUUCGCUGUGAAGAUUAUAGACAAGGUGCCGGGUCACGCGCGCGCCCGGGUGUUCCGGGAGGUGGAGACCUUCCACUACUGCCAGGGACACCCCAACAUAAUCCAGCUCAUAGAAUUCUUUGAGGACACGGACAAGUUCUAUCUUGUCUUCGAGAAGAUCAAUGGCGGUCAGCUCCUAUCGAGAAUCCAGGAGCAUCAAUACUUCUCUGAACCGCAAGCUGCCGAGAUCGUACGCGAGAUAGCCAACGCUCUGCACUUCCUGCACGGCAAGGGCGUGGCGCACCGCGACCUCAAGCCGGAGAACAUACUGUGCGUGCACCGCGACUCGCUCUGCCCCGUCAAGAUAUGUGACUUCGAUCUCGGCAGCGGCAUCAGCUUCACCUCCAGCCUCGCCAGCCCGUUGGCUACGCCGCAACUUAUGACUCCGGUUGGCAGUGCGGAGUUCAUGGCGCCGGAGGUGGUGUCUCUGUUCGCGGGCUCGGCGGCCACUCACUACGACAAGCGCUGUGACCUGUGGUCGCUGGGCGUCAUAGCGUAUAUUCUUCUCUGCGGCUACCCUCCCUUCCGCGCGGACUGCGGCUCGGACUGCGGCUGGGAGCGUGGGGACAACUGCCGGGCCUGUCAGGACCUACUGUUCACUUCUAUACAGGAGGGUCGCUACACGUUCCCAGAGGAGGAGUGGGCUCACAUCUCCAGCGAGGCCAAGGAGCUGAUCGCUCAGCUGCUGGUCCGCGAGGCGUCUCACCGGCUCAGCGCCGAGCGUGUGUUGCAGCACCCCUGGCUGCGCCGCGCAGACCCCGCCGCCGGCAAGCAAUCACGCAACUCCUUCCCUCCGCUGCGGACACCGCACAAUAUCAAGCGGAACAUGUCGGCUAGAAAUCUCUCCAACUUCGCGGAGUCAGCGAUGGCUGUGAACCGAGUGAUCCAGCAGCACUUCUCCAUGAACUACUCGUACAUGGAGCGUCCGGCGGCGCUGCGCUGCAGCAAGUCGUGCCAGCCGAGCCCGGAGGCGGUGGCUAGUAUACUGGAGGACGAGCUGGAGCGCGCCGCCGGCUGCUGCCCACCGCUGGGACUCUCCCCACCCACAGACUCGCAGCUGCUGCGCCGACGCCUCGCCACCGCCGAGCCGCUGCCAGUACACUAG